UCUAAUGACGCGACGGGAAGGUCCGUGAUCCAUCGGCCACCAGCUUAGAUCGCCAGUGUUCGCCAGUCUAGCGAAUAUGGCUGCGAGCAGUGGCAAUGGUUGCUGAACUAACGUUGCGUUCCUCAGGCGAUUGUCAACAAAGAAGUAACUUUUGAUCCGGAAGGAGCUGGGAAGCGCGACAAAACACACGUACAUGAUAUUAUGGCAACUGCUAUUCAAAAGAAUGGCAUGAAACCUCUAAGCAACCGAUCGCUCAAUCAUGUUGAGAAUGUUAAUAAUCUGGACAAUGCCGACGAGUGUGCAGAAGAAAAGGAUGACAGACUGUUUGAGGGUCAACUUCAGCCCUACGUGGAUUCGGUGGAACAAGAACCUCCUGAGCUCGAUAUAGUUAUUAAUAACGUAGUUUGCAGUUUCAGUGUGAGGUGUCACUUGAACCUACGUGAAAUAGCUCUUAAAGGAUCCAAUGUUGAAUACAGAAGGGAAAAUGGAAUGAUAACAAUGAAAUUAAGAAGACCAUAUACUACAGCAUCUAUUUGGUCAUCUGGUAAGGUAACUUGCACAGGUGCAACCAGCGAAGUUCAAGCAAAAGUUGCAGCGCGUAGGUUUGCCCGUUCUCUUCAGAAACUUGGGUUUCAAGUGAGAUUCAAUAACUACAGGGUGGUCAAUGUGCUUGGCACUUGUUGUAUGCCAUUUGCUAUCAAGAUAACGUCAUUUUCGGUAUAUCAUAAAGAAAAUGCAGAUUAUGAACCAGAAUUACAUCCUGGAGUUACAUACAAGCUAAAAGAACCAAAAGCUACGUUAAAGAUAUUUUCUACAGGAAGCGUUACUGUAACUGCGCCCAACGUCGCUUCGGUUCAAGCGGCGAUUGAGUAUAUUUAUCCACUAGUCUACGAAUUCCGCAAGGAGCGAACAGCAGAAGAUGAGGUCGCAUUAGCGGCAAAGAAACGCAAGUUAGGAGUAAGCAAAAGAAGUCAACAGUUCCUAGCAGAAUCGGAUUUCCUGUAUGAAAGUAUGGCCUCCGAUGUGGAAGAUGUGCUCGACGAUGGGGCGAGUGGUGGUAGUUGGGACUGAUCUGUUUUAUUUUAUCACUUACUGUUAACUGUGAAGCUGUUAUAUACGUGUGUAUGUAUACGCAUACAUAUAUAUAUAUAUACACGCAUACGAUAUACAUAUACCGUAUGUGCAUAUAUACACAUAUACGAUAUAUAUUUAUAAAUAUACAUAUAUAUCGUUCUUUCUAUAAUAGAUACAAACUGCUAUGUGUACAAAGGUGUAAUAGCUAAGAGUGAAGUGAAAAGGAAAAAAGGACAUGGUUCUUUGUCGUAACGCAAGGACAAAGUGUGAAUGUUAGAGAUAAGAUGUAUGUAUAUAUACUUGCGUACAGCAUACGUAAGUAUAAUUCUCGUAAUACACAUCAAACGAACUGACCACCACCGCAAAGACGACGUCCCGAAUAUAGUUACUUUCACUAGCAAUAUAAAGGAUAUAAAUAUAAAUAUAUAUCUCUCUAAUGUGUAAUACAUGCGUGUAAUGUGUAUUACAAGUGUAAAUAUCAAUAUAUAUUUAUAUUUGUAUUGUUAUACACACACACACACACACACACACAAAUAUAAUUCUACUCAUAUAGGUAGACUCAUAUAGAUGUAUUUUCUACAUCUAUAUAUAGAUUAAAAACUAUAUAUAAAACACAUUUUUAAUGAUAAAGAAUUAGUUAAUUUCUCGAAAUUUAUAUUACAUCUCUAUUUCCUUUUUUUCGACAAACUUUGACGUGUUUCAAGCAAUCGUUAGACAAAAACAUACACAUGCACACACAUAUACGUACAUAUUUAUGUUCAUCGCGUAUGUACGUACAAAUAUAUACACAUAUAUGCAUCGAAAUCUGUUUCAGCAGAUAUUUUGAUAUAGAUUUAGUUAACAAAGAAGGUAUAUGUUGUAUGUAUGCGUUUCGUGUGGACACACACUUAAUUGUGACAUGUAAAUUAAUGUUACAUUUAUGUUAUUGUUUCUCAUAUGUAGUUAUAAUUAGUUUUGCUUAAUUGAUAUACUGUGCCAAAGAUUAAUGUUCGAAAUUUAAGACAAGGUGAUCAAGAUGAAACCUGCGCAGCUGACGACUUGAUUCAUAGUAACGAUUAGCUUCCUUGGCGUUCUGACAAGUGAAAUAUUUCCAAAAAUAUCUUACUUUAAUGAUCUAAAUUUUACAUAAUUUACGAAAUUUACUUCCCAUUGGCCAAAACGUCAUAUUUUCUUAAAAUGUUACACAUGCCGAAUAAAUUGUAAUUCCGCGUUGCCAACAGUUCGUUUUCGCUCAAUUAACUUCUGUUAUUCAUGAGAAUGAUUUUUGCAUAGCAGCACAGAUGCAUUGGCCCUAUUCUAAACUGUCUUUUAUUGAUACAGGUGUCUCUGAAAGUGGCUUAGAAAUUUCGAUUGGCUGAGAAGCUGCAUUUAAGGCACUUUUAUGGAUAAAAGAGUUCAGAAUACCAUUGUAUACAGAUUUAAGAAGUGUUACGUAUUUUUAUAUUUUCAGAAUGCAUAUCACUGAACACAUACACACAUACACACGCGCGCGGUAUCCAAUUCACGUUUUACAUUAAACGUAUGGAAAGACUACGUAUCGUUUGGGCGAAUACGAAUACUGUUCCUCUUUUUCCGUAAUAUAAACACUACGAUUUUAUUUGAAAAUGUCUGCGUAUGUGAAAGAUAUAGUCCGAUUUACAGUAUUCAUGAAUUUAUAGACACAUGUAUCACGACAAUGACGACUAUUUCUUUUAUUGAUGUAAAUUUAAACGUAAGAAGAUCGAAUUAGUGUUGUGGACAUUAAUUUUACAAUUGCGCGAACAAUGAUCUAUUGUAAGACUCACACAAGGAAUUAUUACGUCGGCGUUACGUAGAAAUCGCUCUUUAAAACCGCAAGUUUAAACGUACGAAACGAACAUAUAUAUUGUGUUCAUAACGGUUCUUUCUCGACUUACUACAUUGGAACCAUGUACCGUAGAAUCUAAAACAAAGAUAUGAAUAAUACUAUAGGACACGUUAAGGUGUUUAGCAAUCGUUCUUUUUUUUUUUCUUUUUCGUAUUAGUAAUGUUCACACAGAGAUAUCUUGUAAGUAUUUAUUUAUUAGAUGCAGUAUCCUUGUAAGUGCAUUUGGAUCAUUUCAUUUUUCAUUAUUAUUAAUUUCUCGAAAAACCUGAGAUAUUACGAGCAUCUUGCUUAUAAAGUUUAUUUUGUAAAGUUUAUUCUGUUUGUAAAAUUGAAUAUUACCAAGAAACGAAAUAUUUUUACAUAUUAACUCUCUUCACGAAGUUGAUCGAUUGCAGUAGUAUUUUUAAAAUUUAUUUAGUUCGCUGUUUCCCUUUUUCACGUUUUUUUUCCCUUGAACAUAUGUGUUGAAUAUCGUGUAAGGCAUGUUGAACUGAGGGUGCACGUGUAAAAUGCACGUUUUCUACAUACUUUACGAUUAACUUUCACGCUCGUACGAAAUUGAACCUUCCAUGUUUGCGACUUAGCAGAGGAAAAGCAAUACGUUAGUAGUGGUUCAUAACAAAUACAAAAAUCACUAGAUAUUUGCGUUGUUCGUUCACUAAUAAUGUAGGAGAAAGUGGGAGAAUAAGAUAAUGUACGAAUACCACAUAAGUAUCCUACCUUUACAUCAUGUACAAGAGAAUAUACACACAAUAAGUUAUGGCCGAUAUUUUACAAAUAUAAUAAUUCAAUGAGAAUUAAUCUGUUCGUGCCAUAUAACAUAAUUCGUUCGUUAAAAUUAGCUGAAAGCAGAGUUUCAUAAUUUUCAUAACGUGUACAUAUAUAUAUUGUUUUUACACCGAACAAAUCUUUUACUGUUUAAGGCUAAAGUCACUGCCCUUAGUGUAUCCAAUUCGAAACUGUAAGGCAUGAUUCACUAAUGAGUAUGUGACACGGACUAGCACAUUUUGUUUACAUCAUUGAGCGUAAACGCUACUCUUUGCAUUAUCAACUAUAAAAGUUGAGGCUUAGGCAUAUAAAGAAGACAAACAGUUGAAGAAGUUGCAUGAUAAAAAACGUAU